AUGCCAGACUCAGACUCCAUCACGUCGCGUGAGAUGGCCGAGUACCUGGAGAACAAGCGCGAGUUGAGUGAGAGGGACAAGGAAUAUCUAGCGCUCAAUGCCAAAAAGAACCAGGCGGCGGCUGCUCGCGAGGGUGCCAACAUCAACGCCUACACCAACUGGGCCACCAACAUGAACAACAACAACAACCUCAGCAGCACCAACGCCAACGCCAACGCCGCGAACAACACCACUAUCAACGCCAAGAAUGCCGAUGACGACGACGACAGACGCUCCGUCCUAUCCUCACGCAUCAUGCGCUCCGGCCUCACCAACAUCGGCCAGCUCGUCCGCAAAGCGCCGGGCCUGCAGUCGGCGCAGGACCGUCAGACGGUGGAGGCGGCGAUGCGCGACCCGCGGUAUCUUGAUUCGUGGCGGGGUAACAAGACGGUGCAGCCACAUCAACGCCCCCCACAGAGCUUCCAGUACCAACCACGCCCCUCAGCUCCACUUAUCCAGCCACAGCAGCCACAGAACCAGCCGCAGCCACCCCACGAUGCGGCGUCAGUCCUCCAGCAAUACCAAGAUCACCGGCACCAACACCAACAACAGCAACUGCCGCUGUAUGCUCCGUUCGCUUCGCUACAGGACAUCGACGCCGAACUGGAUCGUGUCCUGCAUGAGCAAAAGAGCCACCUCUUCGAGGCCGUCGACUGCGAGGUGCGCGUCAAGGUGCUGCACUGGCACCGCCACGCGAUGAUGGAGCGGGAGGCCAUGGAUGCGAACACCGCCAAGAACAACAAAGACAACCGCAGCGAGGUGCUUCUCGACGAUGACACCUCCUCUUCUGACUCCUCCUCCUCCAACCCGGACUCCGAACAUCGCCACGAUAACCUGACCGUCAUCGACUACGACCCCAUCGCCGUCCCAUCACACCCCUCUGCCCGGCGCUGGCUCGUCCCCCUGAUCAUCGCAUGCUUCAUCGCCGGAGCCUUCAUCCUUGCCGCCGUCCUGAGCUACUCCGACCUCCGAUCCAUCAAAAUCAUACCACUGCCACCGCCGCGCCCACGGCCGAUCACGCUCCGCAACCUGACCACCCUCGUCCACCCCUACGCCCGCCUCGUCCGCCUCCUCGACACCAACACCCCCGCCACACCUCUCCCCGCCGUGCAACGCGAGUUCACCGAGCUGUGCACCAUCGGACGCGCCCUCGCCAUCCCCGCGGACGUGUGCCAUGAUAUUGUCGAUCUGCUGGAUGAUACUAGUGGGCACCUCGCGCGCGUGCUGGUAGGCAUCCGCGCGCGCGCUGGCCCGGGGAAUUUGGUGACUGCGUUGAGGGAUACGGUGCUUCUCAUGGCGUGGGGGAUCGACACGCAGGCGCAGGAGCAACAGGAACAGGAACAGGAACAGCAGCAGGGGAACGGAGGUGGUGGCGAGGGUGUGUGGAACAGCACGGCCGAGGGCAUCUUCCGCGCUGUGACGGCACAGCUGCCCAACUGGUGGGACGACCACAACGCCCUCGCCGUGCCCUUGCAAUCGGCCCUGGAGUCGCUAAGGCAGGCGAGGGGAAUGGAAGGGGAUGUACUGGGCGCGUUCAAACUCGCCGUUGGCAGCUUGGACCCGAAUACCUUCCCCGCCGAAGACGUCUUCUACGCAUACGACCGCCUCUUCACCCCCCUCCUCCCGCGCCGCGACGCCCUCCUGACCACGCUCGAGUCCGCGACAAGGAUACUGGAGGACGCGGCGGGAAGGGUGUACGAGUUCAACGCGACGCUACACGGGAUACGCGCGGAGGCGAAGAAGGGGACACGCGGGGGAUAUGUGUUUGAGGGGGUUGAGGUGUUGCUUGGGCGGGUGAAGGACGCGCUUGCGGUAUUGGACCAUGAGUUGGAGGCGGUGGGAGUGAGGGAGAGGCAGAGGCUGAGAGAUGGCGAGGGUGGGGAGGAAGAGGCGAGGGAGGUGGAGGAGCGGAGACCGAGGAGGAGGAGGGAGAGGGAAGAGAGGGAGAGGGGGAGGAAGGCGUGGUGGAAGCUGUGA